GUCAUUUGUCAGUGUCACUUGAUCAUAUCAAAUUUCAAAAAACAAAAUUUCAUAAAAUUUUAAAAAAACACUGUGAACUGUGAAAAUAAAUAUAAAUUAAUUAGUGGUAGGUACUAGUUUGUACAUAAAACCAAUUAAAUUAAUGAAAUAAAAGCAACGACAUUGUAUAUUAAAGGGAUGGAGGAAGUCGAUUCAAUCAUUUUACACUUCCUUCGUCAAUUAAAUAUAAAUAUUGAUGAUGAAAUUAAAAAUAUUGGUGAUCUGCCAGUAGAAAGAAUAAUAGAGUCAGCUGCAAGAUGUAUAACUGCUAUUGAUCCAAAUAUUAAAGUACCAAGUAAAUUGCCUUCAGGAUUGUCACAAAGGAUUGAGGUUGCAGCACAAAUAGCAUCUAUUUGUAAGGAUCUGGGAUAUCAAAAUGAUGUAGGAUACCAAACAUUUCUAUAUCACAAUGAAACUGAACUACGGCAGGUUUUUAUGUUUCUGGUAGAGAAGCUUCCAAGUGAAGAUAACAAACCAACAACUAAAGUCUACCCAUCAAACAAAAAGCAUCAACUGUUUCAGCAAAUAAGCAAUAAAAUAGCAGAAGAUUUAAAUACUAUAUGGAUUCCACCCUGCUGCAAGCCUGUUCAUAGUACAGUGGGAGAUUUUAUAUGUAAACAAGAUCAAUCAUCAAAUACUGAAAUAGAUUCUGAAGAUAUCAUCAAAAAAUUGUUAAAGAUUAAGGCAAUUAAAAGUACAAAUAAAAACUUUAAUGUAGCAAAAUCAGUUGAAGACAUACAAACUAAUAAUCAACAAAACUUAAGUGAAAUCAAACAAUAUAAAUCUGAUAAGAGUUUGAAAGAAUUAAAAGAAAUGGCCAUUUUACUGCGGCAAAAAUUAGAUACACUGGAAAGUGAAAGAAACCUUAUGGAUGUUGAAUAUUCUCAGGCUCUAAAAAACUGUGACAGAGCUAAUGCAGACUUAAAGAACAUACAAAAUAUUUUGUGUAGUGCUGGCAUUGAACAAAUUGAAACUGAUGGUGUUGAUAACAUUAUUGAGAAAGUUCAUGAAGACAUAGCCGUGUUACACACUAAAAGUGAAGAUUUGACUUCCAAAAAUCUAUCGUUAAAAGUUGAAAUUGGCAAGCUGAAAGCAAACAAUUCUCUAAAUGAGUCUGAAAGAGGUAAAUGCAGAAGAAUACUAAUAAAUCUAAAGGAAACAGCUAAAAGUAUGAAAGAGGAGUGUGAAAAGAAAGAAGAAUUUAGAAACCUACUAAAAAAUAAAUAUGAAAAACUUAGAGGAGGCAACAAAAGGCAUAUUUAUACUAAGCGAAUAUUAGAAAUAAUAGGCAAUGUUGUCAAGCAAAAUGCUGAAAUAAAGAAAAUUUUGGAAGACACUAGACAACUCCAAAAAGAAAUCAAUACACUUGAAGGCCAACUGGACAGAUGUUUUUCAAUUGCUGAUGAAACGCUUUUCAAAGAUGCUAAAAGGGAUGAUCAAGCAAAAAAAGCGUACAAACUAUUAGCAUUGCUCCACUCAGAAUGCAACACAAUAGUGACAUUGGUUAACGAUACGGGCAUCUUAUCCAGGGAUAUCAUCGACUUAGAGGAUAAUAUAAAAGCUGAAAAGUCAAAGAGGACUGAAGAUAUUUUGCAGAAAAUACAGUUAGAUCUUUCAAAACUCAAAAAUGAAGCAACUUCAAAAUGAACCGAUUACCAGUGAUGCUAUUCAAUAUAGCGGGAAAGAAACCAGACAUAAGAAUUAUCUAGAUUGCAUCUAUCUACUUAUUUAUUCUAAUAUUUCAAUAUGUUAAGAUUCUUAAUGUAAUUGCAAAGCGAUUAAUCGACUCCUCCUCCUCCCGUGACCGCGGCGGGCCUAUAUUUAGGCCAGAGAAUUAGUAUUGCCAUACAACGUGGCAAUACUGCCAGCCUUCUGGGAACUUUAACGCCUGAGUCUUUAGUUAUAGUUUAAAGGGGAAUCCCCACCGGUCCAUACAAGUAUAUGGAGAUGAUAAUACGUUUAUGAUGUAUAAAUAAGGAUCUGGUUAAAUCAUUGGCUUGAUAAAAGUAUGUUUCUUGAAGAAAAAAAACAUUCUUUUUAUCGCUCUUCUAGGGCAAAAUGUCCGCCGGUGUACCUACCAUAGCGGCGAUGUAACUUUUGAAGCUGUACUAUAUUUUUUGUAUUAUUUUUUCUGUUACCAACAAGCUUAACAAACAAGAAAACGAACAAACAAACCAAUCAAAGGUCUUUUAAAAUAUCGUAAAACCCGUUGUGGACAAAUUAAAGAUGAAUUAAAAGUGUCAUAAAACGUAGUAGCAAACUUUUUUUUCAUAAAGUAAUGAUUUCAUUAUUAAAGUUGAAAUAUGAAGAUUUUUUUAGAUAUAAGUAAAUAUCGUAAAUCUCGGUGUAUGCUCAACGAUUUUAAGUUAUCCCCGUUGUCGAGAAAUUAAAGAUGAAUUAAAAAUGUCUUAUAUCGUUGUAGCAAACUUUUUUUGAUAAAGUAUCUUGAAUCUUGAUAAUUCUAUCUAAAUCUUGAUAAUUCUACUUUAAUAAUGAAAUCAUUACUUUAUUAAAAAAAGUUUGCUACAACGGUUUUACGACAUUUUUAAUUUGUCCACAUUGGGGACAAGCUAAGAUCGUUGACCAUACAGCCUAAGUUUUCCAAUAUUUUUGAAGACUUAUGAUUGAUUUGGUUGUUCGUUUUCUUGUUUUUUUCAAAAUCUAUUAAAAAUCUUUUAUCGUAAUUAGUACAAAAUUCAUACAGUUUUAGCUUCCUCAAAUUAAAUGUGACAUUUUUUUAUAAAUUAACUCUAAACAUAAACGUACAAAUAACAAAGAUAUUAGUAAUUUUGUUUGAGCGCACAUACAAAUCUAACGAUCAUACGGGCGUAUACCUGGGUUCCCUGGGCCGGUGGCCAUUCCCUUUUCCGGGUGGUUAGGGAAGGACUGGGCUGCGGAUGGGCAUUCCCCUUUAGUAUAUUUCCUUUUUUAUUUUUAUAUUAUUGUAGUUAAUAUAAUAGCUGUAAGUAGUUAAUAUGUUAUAGCAGUUUUAAAUUAUUGUAACAUUUUUUGAAAGAAUAAACAAACUGAAAUAUGAUAA